AAUACGAUACUGCUCCAUACGUCAAUCCCAUUUGAAAUGCAUAUCGUUUCCAAAUUUAUUUCAUUGCACUUUCAAUACUUUUACCAAUAUACCCUCUAGUAUUGAUAAAAAUAUUGAUCGCUAAAAAUAGUGAAACAGAAAAUAAACAAACCAAAUUGAAUAGAAAAGUGCGCAAACAAAUUACAUUGUGUCUGGUAUAGCUUGUGAGACUGAAAACAGUGGACUGGCACGGUUUACUGUUUAUAAAAAGUUAUAAUAAAUAUUACUAAUCAACGGAAUCUAAAGAUGGUUAUCUAUUUUGAACUAACAAAAUGGACCAGAAACAAAAUGUAAAUAUAGUGCGGGCGCUGUUAGAUCGUGAAUCAGCGGUGCAUCGUACUGGUUCCUUCGUCUUCAAUCGAAUAGCAUUAGAACUAGCCGAGCACAGCUUAUUGCAGCGAUUGAAGGAUACGGAUCUUUGCAAGUCAUUGGACGACCUUUCAAAUGAAACUGAAUCAGUAUUCAACAUUGAACAAAGUCACAAUGGAUACUAUGCUGCCACAGUUCAGACAAAUAAAAGUGUGAACAUUUUCCAAACCAGUACUAUGACUAAAAUAGCCGAAUAUCAUACAAAUGAAAGAUCUGUGUGGACGCUAUCGUUUCAUCCAUCUAAUCCCGAUAUAAUCGCAUUUGGUACGUUGGGAGGAAAGGUAUUUGUGUAUGUCGAUGGGCAAGAAGCAGCUUGCUUAGAUGAACAUGAACCGGUUGGUUCUUUGUGCUUUCAUCCCGUAGAUCACUAUUUAGUGAUUACCAGUGGAAACGAGGUUACCUUCUGGGAUUGGCAGAACGAUAAAAUUCUUAGCACCGGAACAUACAACGAUUGCAAGUGUCGCUUUCUGCAAAUUACUGCAAAUUCGACGCUGAUCACUGGUAUUUCUCAAACAGAUCUGUUCGUGUCGUCAGGCAUAGGGAAAAACUUAGCCACCGUCGAGCCUCAAUAUCUGAUGGCAUCGUUUUUAAGAACUGUUAAUUUUAUGCUUGAUUCACUGGAGCAUGGUUGUACCAUAGGUAAUAGCUUCAAUGUAGAGUUGAAAAAGCAGUUUUACUUUUGGAAUCAUCUGUUAAAAACGAUUGUCAACAAAACGGAAGAAUUGCGCUGUUUUACAUCUGUGAAAUCGGAUAUUCAAUGCAAGAAAUCCAACCUCAACACAACACUGGUAGUUCUGAAUCGUAGAAUAGAUGACGUAUUCGAAAAUAUCGAUAGAAUUGUGAACAAGUUUCUUCCGUUAACUCCUGAAUCUGUCAACGAAGAAACAAUCGACAAAUGUUGUCAUGUACCGAUGGUGUAUUUCGAACGCAUUUGCUCCAAUUAUGUGGAGCAACGUUAUAGUGGUUAUUUGAGAUACAUAUUUGAACUAUCGCUGGUUAAAAACAUUUUGUACAAAAUUUUUAAGCUCUAUUUUGAAUUCGGCUAUCAGUUUUCUCUAGAAAGGCCUUACUUGGGAACGGAUAUUCAAAUCGACAGCUGCAACAUUCCGCGUAGCCCUUCGCAUAAAAAUCAGUGUAUUCUUCAAGCAUGGGAUUUGAGCAGCUAUCACGAUACACGUGAUCUGCCUGAUUUUAAGGAAGAUUGGAGAAAUGUGAUAUCUAUUUGCUCAAUUAACAACGACUCGAAUGUUUCAAUUUCGCAAUGUGAACUUUACAUUGCAUCCGUCCGGUUGAAAGCUGUGAAAGAGCUGGAAGUCCGCAGUUUAAACCGUAUCAACUUUGGCGAGUGCAUGUUCGUAUUUAAGUUCGUUGCAAGUUUUGUAUCGCUUUCCUUUUCGCCGUCCGGUCGGUAUGUUGUGAUUGGCUUGCGUUGUAAAAAGCGACUAAAAUUUGCGUACAUCUUGGAUAAAGAUUCGAAAUGGAAGAUAGGCGUUAAUUUCAGUCUCGAUCUCAACGGAACCGAGAACCGGGAUUCAGAGUCAUCAUCCCCGAAUGAGCGGGUAGGAUUGAAAUUGUGCCUUCCGAAAGAAUCGCUCAACUAUAAAGAAAUCAAUUGCAUCAAAUGGGCUACGCUACCUGGACAUGGUUUUUUCCUUGGAAUGAAAUCAAAAUUUAUUCGAAUUUGUAGAUGAUUCCUUUUAGAAUAAAUCAUGCGUUAAAUAUGUGUACGAUUGAUGCACGAUCUUUUUAUGACAUCUUUGAUUUUGAUAGCGGUUCAAUUAUGCUUAUCAUUGAAGUAUGCAUUCAUGCAAAUGGACUGGAUAAACUGACGAACUUACCUCACGACCCUUAAACAUCCAAAAAACAUUGAAUUAGUUAUGCAAAUUGCGUUUCGUCUCAUCAAAAUCCGACAACAGCUGCAGGAAUCAGUAGCGAGCGGUUCAAAUGACGAAUUUCGCGCCAACUCGAACAAAUGUUGGCAGCCCCCUCUCAGAUUUUAAUGAAACUUUCUGUACAUGAGAAC